GCUCAUUUUAGAAGAAUAUUUCAGCACAUAGAGGCUUUUGCAUCUCCAGGCUUGAGACAGAAGAGCAAAAAAAGUUUUUUUUUUUCUUCUUUAUGCAAAUAAAGGGAAAGUUGGACAAAUUCACAAAUAUAGAGGAAGUGAAUAUGAUAUAGGGGUUUCAGAGAAAUACACAAAUGAUGUGAUGACGAAUGAGGGAUGAGAGCAGAUAUAAUGAUCACACUGUUUGAAGCUGCAGACAGAAACAUCAGACUCGGGACAGAAACACACGACCUCUAAAAAAUGGAGCAAACUCUGUAUUUCAUUCUUCUUCUCAUUGCUCUCUGCUCCGUAUCUGAAUGUGUUCAGCGUCAGUAUCACUUUAUAAACGUGAUGAAGAACUGGACUGAAGCUCAGAGAUACUGCAGAGAGAAUUACACAGAUCUGGCCACCGUUGACAACAUGAACGACAUGAACGAGCUGAAGAAGAGUGUGAAUAAUGAACGUGUCUGGAUUGGGCUGCAGAAGACGAGUCAUAAUAAAUGGCAGUGGUCUUCAGGUGAUCCUGCGCUCUUUCUGAACUGGGCUCCUACACAACCUGAUGGCACAGAUGAGUGUGGUUCUAUGAAAGAUGGACAAUGGCAUGAUGGGAAAUGUAGUGACAGCUGGAUAUUCAUCUGCAGUUCAUCUAACAACACGAACACAGGACUCGUCUUUGUCAAUCAGAUGAAGAACUGGAGAGACGCUCAGAGUUACUGCAGACAGAAUCACAUUGAUCUGGUCAGUGUGAGGAACCAGAAUGAGAAUCAACAGCUUCAGAAGUUCAUUAGUGAUCAUCAUUCAUCUGGAUCAUGGAUCUGGAUCGGUCUGUUCAGAGACUCAUGGCAGUGGUCAGAUCAGAGUAACUCCUCAUUCAGAUACUGGAAUACUGGUGAACCUAAUAAUGAUGGAGGUAAUGAAAACUGUGCAGCGAUCGAACCGAACACUCAGGGACAAUGGAUAGACAUCUCUUGCAACAACCAGUUUCCUUUUGUGUGUCAUGAAGUUUUGUGUCCAGAUAAACUGAUUCUGAUCAAAGAGAAGCUGACGUGGUCUGAAGCUCUGAGAUACUGCAGACAGAAUCAUGUGGAUCUGGUCUCGGUUCAUUCAGAAGAGAUUCAGCGUGACGUGAUGAAUGUGGUUAAACAGGCGUCUACUGAGGCGGUGUGGUUGGGUUUACACAACUACUGCCUUAUGAACAUGUGGCUCUGGUUGAGCGGAGAGAUCGUGUGCUAUCAGAACUGGGCUCCAGGGAACGGAGUAGAACCGGAAGACUGCAACCUCGAGAAGAGAAAAGGAGCAGUUCAGUCUGGAGGAGAUCAGCGCUGGAUCAGCCUUCCUGAAACUCACAAACUCAACUUCAUCUGCAGCAGAAAUGAAGAGUGAAAAGACACGCAUUUGUGUGUUUACUUACAUUCACUGUUUUCAUUCUUCAUUAUUUUUCUUAUUUACUUUCAUAUGUUUGAUUUGUUAUGUAAUAAUUUCUAAAUGAAUCUAUUAAUUGUGUUUUAAAAGUCUCUGUUUAAUUCCGUAUGUUAAUUAAUGUGAUCUUAUCAAAGUUUUCAAAUACACUGACCAAAAAAAAAAAAAAAGUCUGUUUUGAUUUUAAUAGGAAAAUACUUAAGAAUCUUUGAAUGUAUCAUUAUUACAGUGAUUAUUAUGUUUCUAAUACAACAAUUCUUUUAACCCUUAAAGAUGGAGUGUGUAGCUUUUCAUUUCUUAAACAACCAUGUAGGAAGACACAUCAUGGCCAUAUUCCAGGAUGACAAUGUCAAUAUCGAUUUAUUUAGAAUAUGGCCAUGAUGUGUCUUCCUACAUGGUAAUAAUAAUUUAACAAUAAUAUUCGUUUUUUCAAUGAUAAAUACAGUGUAUAGUGCAAUAUAGUGUAGUGAACAGCAGACAUGAUGGCACCAGAGCUUCACAACAGAUCCUUUUGUCCCACUUUGAUUAAUACAAAAGAGUGUGAUAGGAACUUCAAUGACAAAUAAAUUGUAAUCAGGACCGCAAAGGUGGAAGGCAAGAAAGAUGACAUCAACAGCCCAUUGAUCACAGGCUAAUCUCAUCACAAGUUGCCUUUGUUCACCUCAGCCCUCCAUGCCUGAGUCCAAUGUGUGAACGAUGAUGGACUCUCAGGGCCACCAAACCAGUUCUGGCUGGAGCACAGCAAGAACAAAGAAAGGCCUCAAGAGAAAGACCAUUUCUAAACAUACUGGUUUGGAACCAUAAAAAAUGGACAGGAAUAAUGAAGGAACAUGUCCUAUACGUCUUUUUACACCGCACAGUGUAUACACAGUGGAAACUGCACCCGAGUUGCAUAACUCAAGUACCGAACUGAUCACCCAACCAAGUGAAACGUAAAUAUAAGCUAACCAAGGCCUUGGCAUUAGGUUGUUGCUAUAUGAAAUUGCUAUUUGGGUCAGCAUAUACAGACAUAUACAUCAGACAUGUUAUCUGUAUUCAUUUCAUCCAGGCAUCCAGAAAGACCACAACUGACUCCCCCAUAGACUGUUAAUUGAUUAAUUUUGUUAACAUCCAUUUAUGUAAUCGUUUGUAGUUUUUGUUUGAUUAUUGACUCAAUUUUCUUAGUAGUUUAGUCAUUUUCCUUAGUAGUAUUUAGUGAGUGUGAUAUUUUACUCUUGUAUAUCUUUUUGUUAAUAAAUUCAUUUUAU